AUGGUUACUUUUACUUCGUUUCCCAUUCUGCAUGAGAAUGGAUCCGACUACAGUGUGACAAGACACCACCCUGAUGUCGAAGAUCAUCUCGAUAUUAACAUGGAGGAUGACUUUGAGGAGGGCAGUCACAAACUGACCUUCCCUGGCGAGCCGAUCACGUCUUCGCAAGCAUUCAUGCGGGGACAUGGCACAUAUGUGGACAACGAUGAGGUGAUUGCUUCUGUUGCCGGCACAAUUGAGCGCGUGAACAAACUAGUCACCGUACGCGCCAUACGGUCAAGGUACAAUCCCGAAGUUGGUGACCUGGUAGUUGGACGCAUCACGGAGGUGCAGCCUCGUCGAUGGAAAGUAGACGCCAACUCUAGGCAGGACGCCGUGCUGAUGUUGUCAUCCGUCAAUCUGCCGGGAGGUGUACAGCGUCGGAAAUUAGAAAGCGACGAGCUUCAGAUGCGCACAUUCUUUGAGGAAGGGGAUCUGUUAGUCGCAGAAGUUCAAGCUUUUUUUGCUGACGGAGCAAUGUCUCUUCACACGCGCUCGCUCCGAUACGGCAAGCUGCGCAAUGGUCAAUUGGUUACUGUGCCGCCCGUGCUUAUUCGACGUCUCAAAUCACAUUUUCUAUCUCUCCCAUGCGGAGUGGAUCUGAUUCUCGGACUUAAUGGCUACAUUUGGAUAAGUAAGCACAUGAAACAAACCGAGCAAGAAGGAGAAGAUGCAUUCUAUGCCGAAGCCGUGUAUUCAAACAAGAACGACUACAUAGAUGAUGCAACCCGGGACGCCAUAUCACGAGUCAGCAACAUAAUCCGGGUCCUCGCUACCCAUUUCAUUCCGCUGACAGAUACUCUGCUGCUGGAGGCCUACGCAUGGGCAGUAGAACAAGAAGGAGACGUCAAAGACCUGUUGCAGGAAGAGGUUGGCGAUGCCUUGGCAGCCGGCGUGAUCUCACAAAGUUAA